AUGCGUUCAAUCUGGGCAUUUUGCUUGGCAUCUGCCCUCAGUCUGGGGGACGGCUCUGCAUGUUCCAGCUUCAAGGAGCCAAUUGAACUGGAUUCGAGCGUGGAGUGCGCGGCCAUGAACAUGUUGCAAGCUCGGAUGGAGACUGUCUUAGCUUCCUCAAAGCAGAAACCCUGGGAUGUGUACUGGUACCUCGUGGGAACGAACCACAAAGCAGGAACCAUACUGCUCAGGCGCUUGACGGGACGCAUGUUUUAUGUGCUCGGCGCCACAUACUCCUGCCAAGUACAGUUUGCGGGCGACUGGGGUCUCAUGACCACCGAUGGAAUGCACAACUGCUCCGAUAGCCCUAAUGCCCGUAUUCGCUUUGACAAGGAUCUCUGCCCUCAGAGCCUCCUGAAUCUACGGGGCAUCUCCAAAGGCGCCAUGCGAGCCGUGACAAUGAUCCGAGAUCCUGCGGUGAUGUUGGCAUCUGCCUACUGCUACCACCACCGGGGCGAGGAGUAUGGGCUCCAGCCAGCACCGGAUAGAAGGCCCUGGCCGUGGCCGGGCAUUAUGUCCAUGGGCCCUGCGGAGGGUAUGGCGGUGCUGUCGGAUGGCAUGUUUGGCGUGCUGGAGUGCAUGACAGGGGCCGUGGAGAUUGGGGGCCAUGAUACCCUGGCUGUUCGCUACGAGAACAUUUCCCGGUCUUCAGAGGACUUCGACCGGACGGUAGAGCAGAUGGCGGACUUCAUGUUCGAAGAUCUCAUCUCCCCAGAAGAGCGUCGUCAGAUGGUGCUCUAUGCCCAGCUAGAGGACAUGCAUCGCGUUACCACCAAAGAGACAGAUCAGCACAGCAACGACAAAGACUGUGAGCAAGAGGCCCUGUCGGUGCUCCCAUCACUCAAAGAU